AUGGUGACCAAUGGCAAGCUUUACAAGAUUGUGAAUGCGCGUGUGCUCAUCAACCAUGCCAUUGUGGAAGACUCCUAUGUGUGGUUUCAAGACGGGAAAAUUGUGGAUGGGUUCUCUGCGUUUUUCGCACAAGGUCGAGAACCGGACGAGAUUAUUGACGCUCACAACAUGAUUCUCGCCCCAGGAUUUCUUGACGUCCAGAUUAAUGGAUCGUAUGGAAUUGAUUUUGCGGAUCAUGACAAACCGUCAGACCAACUGCAAGCUGACAUUGACACCGUGGCCAAAGGAUUACUGCAAGACGCGCGCCCCGGAGAUGCCGAACUAGGCUCCGAAAUUCUUGGUGCACAUGUGGAAGGACCCUUCAUUUCAGAGGAAAAGAAAGGGGCGCACGAUCCCGCCAUUAUCCAAUCAGCUAAAGGCGGUAUUGCCGCGUUCGAUAAAGCGUACGGUCCGGAGCUUAAACACGGCGGCAAGACAGUCUGCAUCAUGACACUGGCUCCGGAACUCGAAGGCGUGUUGGACGUGAUUCCGGAUCUCGUCAAGCGAGGUAUCACCGUUUCCAUUGGUCACUCGGCUGCGUCAGUCGAGCAAGCCGAAGCUGGUGUCCGAAAAGGAGCCACCUUUAUGACUCAUCUCUUCAACGCCAUGAUGCCGUUUCAUCAUCGCGAUCCGGCCAUGAUUGGUAUUCUCGGUGCCACCGACCUGCCUCCGCCGGCGCAACCGGAGCGACAUCCUCUUCCGUCGCUUACAGCGCCUGAUCGCACCAAGCCCGAUCCACGUCCCUUUUACGGUAUCAUCUGUGACGGUAUUCACGUGCAUCCCAAUUCGGUCCGUAUCGCGUAUUACUCGCAUCCCAAAGGUUGUGUCCUUGUGACCGAUGCUCUUUCGGCAGCAGGAUUACCUCCAGGAUCGUACCAAUUAGGCGGUCGGGACGUCGAAGUCCGUCACGGAGGCGCCUACAUUAAAGGCACCGAUACCUUGGCUGGAAGUACCGUGACCAUUGAUGCUUGUGUACGCAAUUUCCGUCGAUUUACUCGAUGUUCGGUGGUGGAAGCCUUGGAAGCUGCGACAUUGCAUCCGGCCCAGAUGCUCGGCAUCAAAGACCGCAAAGGCACUCUGAAUCCUGGUGCGGAUGCCGAUAUCGUCUUUUUGGAUGACGACCUUCAUGUGAAACGCGUGUUUGUCAGAGGACAGGAAGUCCAACUAGCGAAAAAUGCAAAAUAG